AUGCAAUACACAUCCACCAUCCUCAUGGCCGCUGGCCUCAUCACUUCCGUCUCCGCCCACGGUCGUAUCCUCACCCCAACUCCCCGUAACCCCGGUGCCGCCAUGGCAUCCGCCUGCGGACAACAAGUCGAGGUAAACCAAGCCUCCGACCCCAACGGAAACAUCCAAGGCAUGCUCCAAGUUGCCGCCAGUCAAAGUGACUACGAUGCCGCCGCAUGCAACAUCUGGCAAUGCAAGGGUUACAAAUAUGCCGACAACACUGAUCUCGUGCAAAGCUGGACUGCAGGCCAAGUCGUUCCUUUCACUUUCAAUGUUGCGGCUCCCCACACCGGUACCGCCAACAUCUCCAUUAUCGACACCGCCGCUAACACCGUCAUCAAACAAUUGUUGUACUAUGAUGUCUUCGCAAGCACCGCCACCGGUGUCACCUCCAACGAAACUAGCUUCAGCAUCACCAUUCCAGAUGAUCUCCCAAGCACCUGUGCUACCCCUGGUGGAUGUGUUGUUCAACAUUGGUGGGAUGCUGCUUCCAUCGACCAAACCUACGAGUCUUGCGUUGAUUUCACCGUCGGUUCCGCAUCCGGAUCUGGAUCUGCCUCUUCCGCAGUCGCUUCUUCCGCCGUCCCAGCAUCCACCGCCGCUGCUUCUUCUGCUGUUGCCGCUUCAUCUUCUUCCGUCGCCGUUGUAGCAUCCAGCUCUGUCGUCGCUUCAUCCGUUAGCUCCGUUGCCGCCAUUGCUACCUCCGCCGCUGUUUCCAGCGCCGUCCAAACUACUACUUUUGCCUCUCUCCCCACUACUUUGGCUACUGUUACCAAGGCAAGCAGCACUUCCAGUGCCGCUGCCGUGGCUACUUCUGCUGCCCCAGAAGAGGAUGACGAUUCCUGCGAUGCUUAA